AUGGCUCCUCAGCCAGGUGUAUACUACGGUCCAGAUGAGCCCGAAUCCACUAUCAACUUCGAACGAUACUUCAUUGCUGGGGACUUCAUUACCGGUGUCGGUUUUGGGGUUCAGCUUGUCUUGUGGACGACAUGCGUGACCUACCUUUGGAAGGAGACCAAGAAGAGGGGCUGGAAGACCAUGUUCCUCGUUGGCUACCUCGCCGUUCUGCUGUCCGUCCAGUUCAUCUACUGCAUCGUACAAGCCCGCACGGUCCAAGUCAUGUACGUUGACAACCGCAACUAUCCAGGAGGUCCCUGGCAGUACUUCCUGGACACACAGUACCUCGCCAUCAACGUCAUUUUCGACGCCACAUUGUUUAUCCAAACAUUCCUGUGCGAUCUCCUUGUUCUUUGGCGGUGUUAUGUUAUAUGGACUGUGUCUGGUGCUAGCAUGGCGAUCACAGUCGUCGCACUGCCUACCAUUCUGCUCGUUGCCUCCUUCGUCGUAGGCACGAUCUGGACCCUCCAGUCCACUCACCCCAAUCUCUCGCUAUAUAGCAAGGAACCCGAGGCUUUCGGGACCGCGUACUACGCGGUAUCUCUAGGCUUGAACAUCUUCCUGACAACACUCAUCUUAGUGCGCCUCCUCAUGCACCGUCGCACGAUCCUCCAGCAUCUCCCUCCGGAGCACGCUAAACACUACCUCUCCCUGAUGACACUCAUCGUCGAGUCUGCCGCGCUCUACUCCGCUUUUGCGAUCAUGUUCCUAGUCGCAUAUGGAUUGAAUCAGCCGAUCAACCAGAUAUUCCUGGGGUUCUCACAGGCAGCUCAGCAAGUUGCCACGUACCUUAUCAUAUACCGUAUCGCCAACGGUACCGCAUGGUCUAGGGAGGCGAUCGAGUCGCGGACCCUCACUACCAUCCAGUUCGACAAGAUGACGUCGGCGGGCCAAGCGAAACAGACAGACACGUCAACGGUCCAACUCGCGUCUGAACUUAUAAGCCGGGUAGAAUUGGAUCACGCGAAGGGCGAAACCAGUGAAUGA